CUAGGGGGUUGGUCUAGGGGUGGCGAAAGAUACGAUAGGGAACACAGGGUACACAGGGUCGUCGAGAACAUGCAUACGGUGAAGGACGCCAUAGCCGCGGAGAGACUCUACCAGACCUGCCUCAGCGACGAAGGGGUUGGCUUUUCGAAGGGCCAUUGCCGACGACGACCAGUCUUUUGCAUCAUCAAAAGAUUUCAGACGCCCGCGAGCGUAUAGCAGUGACCCGGAUGAAUCUGCCCGUAAUUACGUGCAGAGACUAAUAUAAAAAAAAGGUCCAAGUGUUCAGACGCCCGAGAGCUUAUACCACGAUGGAGGUCAGCACGGCUUUCGUUGUCAAGAAGUUUCUCCUGACUUCAAUGUUCAUGUGGGCUGCACCUUUGAGUGUCCUCUACCUCUUCAGGAUCGAAGCUCUAGACUUCAUUAGAGGGUUGUCUCCAGAGCAUAAGACAUUGUUUUGUGGGUUCACAGCUGUACUAUCCGUUCACAUUGUGGUUGCGGUCUACAUUGCCUUGGCAUUUAUGGAGCCGUCCUCGGGAGUGGUGUGGCGAGGCCCUGAGUAUGGCCUCCUAACCGCCACGCGAGAGGCAGGAAAGAAAAGAGUAGUCAUUAUAAAGCGCCGCCAGUGGCAUGCAGGAGAGUUCCGAGACCACCCCCACAGGCACCCUCAGCAGGAGCAGUCGGACCAAGGAGGUUGGAACAGAGGUUGGAACAGAGGUUGGAACAGAGGUUGGAACAGAGGUUGGGACAGAGAUUGGAACAGGUUGGAACAGAGGUGGGAACAGAGGUGGGAACAGAGGUGGGAACAGAGGUGGGAACAGAGGUGGGAACAGAGGUGGGAACUGAGGUGGGAACAGAGGUUGGAACAGAGACUGAAAACAGAGGUUGGAGGAGGGACUGAAAGAGAAGUUGGAACAGAGGUUGGAACCGGGGUUGGAACCGAGGUUGAAACGGAGGUUGAAACGGAGGUUGGAACAGAGACUGAAAAAGAGACUGAAAAAGAGACUGAAACUGAGGUGGGAACAGAGACUGAAACAGAGGUUGGAACAGAGCAUGGAACUGAGGUAGAACGGAGGUUUGGGAAACGAGGUUGGAGCACAGGCUGUAACAGGCAGACAGGUUCAGAGGUAAGCUGGAACAGUUUCUGGAACUCCUUUACAGGUGCUGUCGGUAGGUGUAGAGAGAUCCUGCAGCUUUGGCAUAGGCAUGUGCAGUGGGACUCUGGGAGAGAACCAGUUCCUGGUGCUUUUCUCUACAAGUGGCUUUAGUGGCAGUCAUGACAGUUGUACACCAUACAGGACAUUUGAUGUAGAGGUUCUAUGUAGCUAUCAAUUGACAUCUAGGGCCCGUGGGGGGAAGAACUGUGAAACGGUAUUCACCAGUUCGCAGUAGCCGAUGCAGAUCCCAGGGCUCGAUCCCUAGUCCCCACCUUACCUGUGUACAGUACCUGUGCCGACCCCGAG